CUGGCAGCGGGGCUGUGCCAGGGCCAAGGGGGUGGCAGGGCCUCCCAGCUGCCAGGGAUGCAGCUCCUGCCUGGGAAUAUCCCUGUGUGUUGCUAUUUUAAGUGUGGCUUCUUCCAGUUUAACUCAUGCAGGAAAAAACUGGGCUCUGCACUCUGGACUUCGAGUGGUGCCGCUGCCACAGGACCCCUCGCCAAAGAAACUCCCCAGAUGGAGUGGGUGAAAAAUGAAGCAGGGCACGCCCCUCGAAUUUUCUGGAGUGGAGCAAGAGAGCAGGAAAAAAUGUGGAAAAGACUGCAGGUGGUGAUGCAGCAGCCAUGCAGCGCAGGAUGGCACCUGGAGAGCCCCUGGAAGCAGGGCAGCAGGCCCUGGGAGCCAAACUGCUGUCCCAGGCUGUGGAGGGAAUGUUUGGAAGGCCUGGGCAGGGCCACCACGGUCACAGCUCGGGAGCCCCACGCCAGCCAUGGCCCUGUGAGGGCUCACCGGGCCAGAGAGGUUGCACUGAUUUUAUGCAGAACAUGGAUCAGUGAUGCUGCCGGGCUGGAGGAUCCCAGCAGCCUGAAAGAAGCAGCUCUGCAAGGUGCUGAGCUGUGCCAGCUGCUGGUUUUUGCUGAUUUGUGGUGAUUUAGGCAGCAGCUCUACACCUGCCUGUCUCCAGCACAUCUGUGGGAGCCCAGUGCGGGUCCCCCAGCCCAGCCACAACCAGCCUCCCACCCCAAACCCAGCCCCUCAUCCCUGCCACUGCUGCACCCUGAGUGCAGAGCUGAUGGGAAGCCCGUUCCCUGCUGCUUUCCAAAACCAGCAGGCUUCAAGGCCACCAAGGAGGAAUGUUUUCCUGAGAUACAUCAGGAACAGCGAUGCCAACAGUGCCAGGACAGAUGAAAACAUGAACUUGGAGGGGGGAAAUGUGGGAAUGCAGCCGGGACAGCCAGUGAUGGGGUGCCCAGGGUGGGCACAUAUGGAGCAGAGACACAGGAGUGGGCUCCCAGGAGGGAGAGGGGCACACGAAGGAAGGGUCUGCGGGGAGGAACAGAGCCAGAGCUGAGGUUUGUCCUCCCAGCCCAACCUGUGCCUCCCAACACUGCAUUCCCAGGCAGCCUCCUGGAAAAUAAAGCACUGAUACUGUUGCUGAAUACAGUUGUUUACUGAGGAUAAUUCCUGAAAGCAGACCUUGAGUCUGAAGCGGGCUGUUGGUGAAUGUUGACAUCAGUUCAGCAGCUCCGUUGGUCCCAGCAAUUACUUCCAACCAUCUGGGAAAAAUCCCAGCUGGACUGUUUUUAUUUUGGCAUAACUUUGUGAUAAAACAACUCCUUUUCACACAGGCAGGCGCUGGUUUUGGAGUAGCUCAUGUGGCUGCUGGAGAGGAGGGAGGCAGUGUUCUUUAUCUCCUGGACUGGGCACAGUGUGCCUCGUGGGAGGGGAAAAUCACUCAGUCAGGAGCUUUUGUGAGGGGGGACAGCUUUGAUCACUGCCCUGCGCUGGGCUGGCUGGCACCUGGCAGGGUGGGCAGUGUGGGCAGCACACCCCAGGCGCCAGCUCCUGACCAGUGUGGAAUGCCCACUGUUUGGACUUUGUUUCACUGCCUGCUGAGCUGUCCUGGGCUGCUCUCUGGAGUUUCAGCUCCCACCUGUGCCCUGAGCAGUGGCACCUGACACCAAAUCCUGCCCUGGGCUCUGCUGGCACAGGAGCUCCCUUCAAGUAACACGUGCAUUUGCCCACUCCCAGCAUUUAUCAGUCCCAGGUUGUUGUCCAGGUCCAUCCAGGUGUCUUUGCAGAGAGGAACAGGUUUGGUUCCUUUGCUCUCUGGCUGCUGGUCCAGCUCUCCCAGCCUCCCUGCCCACAAGGAUUCUUCCCAGCUUUCCUUCCUGCCUCAUUUCCUGACCCCUGCAGCCCCAUCAAAGCAGGGCUGGACCUUCUGCCAUGUUCCCCUCGAAGUGUCCAAGCUCUCAGCUUCAAGCUGCUGCAUGGAGUUUGUCCUGUUGCCACUGAAAAUGGGGAAUUAAACUCUAACACUGUAAUUUCAAUAUUACAAAGUGGCAUUACUUUAUUUCAGCAUGUGGGGGAUAACUCCCUAUUACACACACAACACCUUGCUAACAGACCAGCUUAAAUCUAUGUAACUUUUACAUAUUCAAUACAUUUCCCAAAACUCAUACCUAUAUGCUAAACACUCCCUGAAUUUUCUGCAUAUUUAAAUCACUCCUCAGAGCUUAUUUUCAUUGGAGCAGAGUUCUUUUGAGGGUCUGGGGUGGUCGUUUGGGGAACAUCCCAUUCCUCAAAUUAUUCUUUUUUGGUCACAGGCCUCCAAAAACCUUUCUUCUCUUUGAAUGCAUCCCUGAGACGUGGCCUGGCCAGGAUAUCCCUUCUUAUCACCAUUGCUCAGGCUCACAGCCUUUAAGGCUGAGAUAACCACUCGCACACAGGACAAAGCAAAGUCGGCUAAAGCGAAAGGAAUUCCCGAGACUUAAACACGACUUGGUACAAUUUUAUUCUCAACACCGAGACGGCCGCGGCUCCUGCCCACGUGGCAGCGAGAGGCAGGAAGCUGGAGAGAGGCGAGGGAUGACCCUCCCUUGCAAGGGGGAGGAGGCAGCACCUUUUAACGGGGCGAAGGUUGUUUUUGUCACGGCCGCUUUUUGUUUUGUUCCCUUCCCUCCGGGCUUCCGGCUUCCCCCGCAGCCGCAGCGCCAUGGCCGGGGCAGAGGCCGGGGCAGAGGCAGUGGCCGGGCUGAGGGAAGAGCUGACCUGUCCCAUCUGCCUGGACAUUUACAGGGACCCCGCGUCCCUGGGCUGCAGCCACAGCUUCUGCACGGAGUGCAUCAGGCAGGCGCUCCGGUGCCAGCAGAGCGCUGCCCGGUGCCCGCUCUGCCAUUCCCCCGCCGGGGAGCUGCAGCCCAACUUCCACCUCCGCAACAUAGUGCAGAAGUUUAUGGAUGUUCCUGCGCACCGGCAGGAGGAGAAGCGGGAAGCGCAAUGCAAGGGGAAGGGGGAAAGCUCGGGCCAGCCGGAGGAGGUGAUCCUGUGCGAUUCCUGCCUCCAGGAGCCGCAGCCAGCAGUGAAGACGUGCCUGAGCUGCGAGGCUUCCCUGUGCCAAGCCCAUCUGAGCAAGCACAACGCUAAGAAGGCCCAGAAGAGCCACGUGCUGGUGGAGCCCUGCGGUGCCCAGGUUUUGGCUGAGAGGAGGUGCCCCAAGCACGGCAAACUGCUGGAGUGCUUCUGUGAGACGGACUGGAACUGCAUCUGCAUCCUGUGCUCCGUCCUCUCCCACAAGAACCACAGAAUCAUCAGCUUGGAGGAGGCUUUUGACCAAGCUCAGAUAUCUUCUCCUGGAACUCUGGAAGCCCUGAGAAACCACGAAGCUGCGUUGGAUAAUGUCAUAGCAAACCUGCUGAAACAGAAGGAGGGUCUGAAGACUGAAGAGAGCCUGCGGAGGGGACGGCUGGAGAGCCUGCUCAUGGAGAUGCAUCUGCAGCUAGAGAAGAAAAAAGGAGAGGUCCUGAAAGUUCUCAGGGAAUACGAGGAGCAACAACUUUCUCGGAUUCAGGCAGAGGUGAAUAAUCACAAAAGGGAGAAGGAUUUGGCCAGCCAUGAUGUUCGUCAGCUGGAGGCUCUGAGAAAUCAGAAGGACAUACUUCUUUUCACCAAGGCUUUUGCAACAAUUAAAGCCAGGCAACGCAAGCCACUUCCAGGAAUAGAUGGUUUGAUGGUGCCAAAGCCACCCAUUAGUUUGGAUAAAUCAACAACAACUGGUAUUCUGAAGCUUUUCCAGCAAUUCCUCCUAAAUGUGGAGUUCUCCUUUAAGCCACCACUGCCACCUUUGGGGUACUCCUUUAACAAGCCGCCACCACCACCUUCGCCACCUUCAACGCCACCACCACCUGCACCUACACCUAUGCUCACAGCAUCUAGUGGUUUCCAUUAUAAUAAUACACAAUACCAUGGACCUGCGUUUGCGUUUGGAUCUUCCCCUUGGCUUUCUUUCAAGUAGCCUAAUGAAAUACAAAGUCAGUGGCAAUCAUAAUGUUAACAAUCAUAGAAAGGCAGGAAGAGAAAGAGAAAACCCAACCAAAACUAACAAUGCACAGCAUGCAAUUGCUCCCCCAUCACCUGCUCUCUGAUGUCCAGCCACUGUCCCCAAGCAGCAAUUGGUUCCUUCUGGCCAUCUCCCCUCAGUUUAUAUACUGGGCGUGGUGUUCUAUGGCGUGGAAUGUCCCUUUGGCCAGUUUGGGUCACCUGCCCCAGCUAUGCUCCUUCCCAGCUUUUCAUGCACCUCCUCACUGGCAGAGCAUGAGGCACUGAAAGGUCCUUGGCUCAGGUUAAGCACUGUUCAGCAACAGCCAAACCAUCAGUGUGUUCUCAACAUUAUUCUCUACUGAACCCAAAACUGUACCAGCUGCUGAGAAGAGAAUUAAUUCUAUCCCAGCCCAAACCAGGACUGGACUCCAGUAUGCACAGUGCCAUCCCAGACGUGCAGGGCAACCAGAGCUGCUGGGAGGAGGACACCAGCAACGAGAGCUGAUGGAAGCUUGGAAUUGUGCCUGGCUUGGAUGCUGCCUGCAAAUGCCUCACAGUUACCUCUGUGUGUUCCUAGGUCGAAGAAGUGGACAGUGGCUCUCUCACUUUUCAUGAUGUGUCUGUCAAGGCUGGAGGUCCUGCUAAGAACUUCAGGCUUAUAGAGACAGGAACCAUCCCUUUGAAGUAUCCCAUCCAUGCGGCCAUCAGCAUGCUGAAGCUCCUGUAGUGAUGUGGGGACCAAGGUGUUACUGUGUAUUUCCAGGCCGAGGAAUUGUGAUCGUUGCACGGGGACUAUGCUAAACUGGCAUAUCAGAAAUUAGAUUGUGGGCUGCUGUGACAGGGGGUAUAUCACAGCACCCUGCUUCUUACGGCACGAGCUCCACUUUUUUUGUUCUGUUAAUCGUAAUGGAAAUACCAUUAAGUUGCUCAGUUUUGUUCAGCUGUAUCAAAUACUGUGUUGGCUUCACGCUAUUAAAGUUACGUUACUUGCUUGCAAAA